AUGUGUGAUCAAAACUCGCAGCGGGGGAAAGGUGACGAUGGAGGCAAUGGAGCAGAUUCCCUUGAUGAAAUAUGUGCUCUACGAGUCCCUUCGAAUCGAACCACCUGUGGCCUUACAAUUGAAUCACACAACGUCAUUUUCAAAGUGAAAGAAGGGAAUGUGUUGUUCGAAUACCAGCCAUUUGCGACCAAGGAGCCCAAAGUGUUUGAUGAUGACAUAUGCGGAAGAAUUUGUUCCGAAUUUGAUGGAAGAUCAUAUGCGGAAGAAUUUGUUCCGAAUCGGUUUGUGGGUGACAGCAAUAAGCUUUUGAAGUUUCCUGUUCUAUGUACUGCAACAGCAUAUCAAGUUGCCAAACAGUUAUACUCCAGUUUUGUAGUCUGUUGUUGUUGUCGUAGACCACAAACAAAACUUCAAUGA